AUGUCCGUCUCCGUCAACCCUCGACGCAGGACUCCUCCGGUGACUCCCCCGGAGUCCUCUGCCGGCAGUCGCCUCACUCUUAAGACCAACAGCCUCCGCAAGGGUGCUACCUUCCAUUCUCCCACCAGUCCUACAUCUUCCCUUGACGAUGCUUUGACUGCUCCCCCAAGCCUUCGACGCUCCCAGACCAACCUGGACGACGUCGUCGAUGCCCAUCGCCGCCGUAUGGCACUGUUUGUCGACGACAUCGACAAGUCACUUGCCAACAUCACCCUCGUCUCCCCCAAGGCCAAGUCUUUCCGAGACGACAGCCUUCCCGUGCCCAGAGGCUUCCUGAACCUUCCUGUCGUUGACCCCGCCAUGGCAAAGGGAAAGUCCAAGGAGGCGGAACGUCGCAUCCUGCGCCCCAGAACCCGUCGCUCCUCGAGACAUCAUGAAUCAGACAGCGGACUCGGCACCUCUGUCGCGCAUACCGCCGAGACAGAGACUGCGACCACUGCUUCAAAGAAGGCAUCCGCCAUCACCCGCUCUGCUGCCAACGCUUCUUCCACCAUGGAGAAGCUUCCCGCCCUGACCUCCAAGGCCGCCAACCGCAUCCAAGAGCACAUUCUUCGACCACUCCGGGCCAAGCCCGCCCUCAAGGACUUCGAGCCGAUUGUUCUUGACGUUCCCAGGCGUAUCAGAGAGAAGGAGAUCAUCUGCCUGAGAGACCUGGAAAAGACGCUCAUCUUUAUGGCACCGGAGAGGACCAAGACCGCCGCCUUGUACCUCGAUUUCUGCCUGACGUCGAUCCGCUGCAUUCAAGCCACCGUGGAAUACCUCAGCGACCGAGAACAGACUCGACCCAACGACCGGCCUUACACUAACGGGUAUUUCAUCGACCUCGUGGAACAGAUUCGCCAGUACGCCGGCCAACUUGCUGCCGCCAAGGAAUCAGACGCUGCUGAGAUGGACGUUGACCCGACCGACGAAAUCAAGCUGUUCGGCGGCAUCACCGAGAACGGACGCCCAGCCGAGCUCGUCCGCGUUCGCAAGGACGGAAAGGCCAUUUCCAUGGCGACCGGCUUGGAGGUCGACCUUGACGACGCCAAGAGCCCCGUCCAGAUGAAGCGCUCCUUGAGCCAGCAAUUAGAAGACGACGAGGAGAUCAUGCGCUCUAUGGCCCGCCGCAAGAAGAACGCGAGCCCCGAGGAGCUUGCCCCCAAGAAGUGCCGCGAGCCUGGUUGCAACAAGGAGUUCAAGCGUCCUUGUGACUUGACCAAGCACGAGAAGACUCACUCCCGCCCUUGGAAAUGCCCUGUCAAGUCCUGCAAAUACCACGAGUACGGUUGGCCCACCGAGAAGGAGAUGGACCGCCACCACAACGACAAGCACUCCUCGGCACCGCCCAUGUACGAGUGCCUGUACAAGCCGUGCCCCUACAAGUCGAAGCGGGAAUCAAACUGCAAGCAGCACAUGGAGAAGGCCCACGGCUGGCAAUACGUUCGCACCAAGACCAACGGCAAGAAGUCGUCGAGCAAGGCCGGCAGCCAGCGCUGCCACCCCCCUCCGCCAAUGGACCAGGCGCAGUUCAACUUCAACGACCCCAUUCUUGCUCCCCUGCACACCAUCGGUCCCGUGGGCGACUUUGCUUCCCACAUUGAUGGCAUGGAGUUCCCCUCCUACAUCUCGGACGAAGACUUUGACCAAGUUCUCGGUGUUUCGGGCCCGUUCGAUGGUCAGCUUGACAUGUCCAUGUCCCCGUCGGACCACAACACCCCCUCCACCGAUGUGUCUUAUGGCCCCUACUCGUACCAGGAGGGCCCCGACUUCACUGUGAAUGAGGACAUCUAUGGUGCCCACGCCCAACUCCCCACCCCUGACCGGUCUGUCUUCGCCGAAAAGAUGAACAUGGCAUUCCCCAUCUAUCAGCCUGUUCCCACAUGCCAGCCUCAGAUGGAUGCCGUCCAGACUGCCCCUCACAUUUCUCCCAUUGGCCAGGGCAAUGCCAUGCUCUACACACCAAACUCUCUGGCCGAGGUGGAUGAGGGCUUCGAGGACACAUUUAAUGGCGGCGCCGAUGAGUUCUGUGGCAACGACUUCCAGCUCUUCCCCGCCAACCCCGUGAGCAAGACGUACGAAUCCCUCUUCGGCGAGGUGCCGAGUGCCGGCUUGGGCUACUCCCAAGCGUCACAGGAUCCGUUCCAGUCUCUCGAGUGGGCCUUGGACUACCAUAGCUUUCCGAGCCAGUAA